UGGGGUUGGCAAGUCAUUUAAGAUGAAACUAAAACCCAGGUGACGGGAAACUGAUUCAACUGAAAUGAAAAUGAUGGCAGAAGAAACAGAAAGUAAAUAUUCAUAGUCGUGUUACUAACACUAAACAGUAAUUUAACACUGAACACAAUUUACUGUAAGGCCAAGCAAAUACGAUCGGCAUCUCGAUGUAAUUUCCGAACAUUAAGUUAUAGGUUUAUGAAAGAAAGGACUCUGCCUUGAAUGCUUAGUCAAUCUUCCCUCAAUUCAACGAAAUAAUGAAUUGACCUGAUUAGCCAGGUUCUUCGUGUAGUGUUCUUUAUGUAUUUAUUUAGGGUAUCUGUGGCAUAGCCCUUUCAGCUUACACCACAGAAAGUUACAUUUGAAUACUCAUAGUUGAAUACUAUCAUGCGCACAUGCCCCCGUUUGGCAGAACUCAGUCAGGGAACUUUACGUCAUUGUGAUUCAACGAAUUUGGUGGAGUGUUGAGUCUGCAUAGCACUGCAAGCAAGCAGACGGGAAUAGCUUGCAGAAGGCUACAUCAAGUUCCGUACCAAGUCGCACAACCCUACAACUUACAAUAAAGCAGGGGGAAUUGUCUGCUUUUAGGACUCCUUUAUGUUGGCUUUAAGAACUUUCUGCUGGACAUUUGUCGUCGAAUCUGCGGCUUAGAUGCCACUUCAGCAGGGAUGGAGGCAAAAUAAAACCGUGUGCGGUCCACGUAGCCUAUUGAAGGUGUGCUUAUACUGAAGGACUGAGAAAGUUUCUUGAUCUUAAAUAGACGCAAACAUGCCGCUGACCGUGGUGGAGUUGUUGAGCUCAUGGCUAAUCCUGCUACAGUUCGCCUCUUGGAUAUCGGGACUAUCACUAUCUCCGGAAGAAGCAAAUCAGUUCUUAUGGAGACAGAGGCGAGCAUACCAAGUUUUUGAGGAGACGAAACAAGGACAUUUGGAGAGAGAGUGCGUCGAAGAGAGAUGCAGCAAGGAGGAGGCAAGAGAAGUGUUUGAAAAUGACCCCGAGACGGACUACUUUUACCCAAAAUACUUGGCAUGUAUGGAAACAUUUGGGGAUUCAGAGAAAAAGAAGCAAGACCUGAUUACCUGUGUGCACAAUAUUCCAGACCAGUGCUCUCCGUCUCCCUGUUAUUCCAGAGGUACAGUGCGCUGUGAGGACAAAAAGGGCGAGUUCCUCUGUCACUGUUUCACAGGAUGGACUGGCCCAAAGUGUGACAAAGAUAUAGAUGAGUGCAGUGAGCAGAAUGGAAAAUGUGACCACCUCUGCAGAAACACCCGAGGGAGCUACCACUGCUCCUGCCACCAAGGGUACACGUUGUCUGGACACCAUGUGUGUGUGGAUGUGGAUGAGUGUGUGAUGAGCCCUGAGGUGUGUGGGACGGCACGGUGCUCUAACUUGAUAGGUGACUAUGAGUGUCUAUGUGAGGAGGGCUACAUCUAUGACAACCAGACCAAGAGCUGCUUGGAUGUGGAUGAAUGUGAACUGCAGUUAUGUGAAGAGGAGUGUGUGAAUUUGCCAGGAAGUUUCCGCUGCUUCUGCGAUGGACGUCAAGGGAAGAAGUUGUCACAAGAUCUUCGGACCUGUGAGCUCAUGGAGCCGUGUGUGCCUCUGGACAUGAAGCGUAACGCACGCUCUCUGUAUCUGGGCCGCAUGUUCAGUGGGUCCCCAGUGGUCAGGCUACGCUUCCGCAGGAGAGUUCAAACAGGCUUCACAGCAGAGUUUGACCUGAGGACCUUUGACCCUGAAGGGGUUGUGUUCUUUGCGGGUGGUCACCUCAACAGCUCCUGGAUUGUGCUGGCAAUACACAAUGGGAAACUGGAGUUGCAGCUCAAAUAUGGAGCUGUAAGCCGCAUCACCAGCAGUGGCCCAAAGGUCAACGACGGGGAAUGGCACAAGAUCUCCGUGGAGGAGCAGGGGCGAAGCCUGGUGAUAAAGAUCGACCGAGAGGCGGUGAUGAAGAUCGCUGUGAACGGAGACCUCUUCACUCUGAAGAAAGGCCUGCACGAGCUCAACCUCACGGUCGGUGGGAUCCCCUUUAAACAAGAUGGCCUCAUCAGUAAGGUGAACACACGGCUGGACGGCUGCAUGCGUGAGUGGCGCUGGCUGACGGGAGAGGACUCGUCCAUUCAGGAGACCGUACGCAAUAAUGAGAACAUGCAGUGCUUCUCCAGAGUGGAGCGUGGGGCCUUCUAUAACGGCACUGGAUUCGCUUUCUUCAAUCACAGCCAUGGUGACCCCCAGAGUCUGAAUGUGCUCUUAAAUCUGCGCCCCGCCUCAUCUCUGGGUGUUCUCUUCGCACUUGUUCGCCAAGACGGUGUGCCUUUCUCCAUCUCUCUGAGCAACUAUCAUCCUGUGAAGAAACAGUGGCAUGAGCAUGUGCUUGUGUCGAUGGGAGAUGUGGUGGUGGCUAGUGCUGCGGUGUCUCUGUGUGGCUCAGGGGCUCACCUGGUGAAUGUAACCGUCUCUGGGAACCUCACACUGCUGGAGGUGGAUGGCCUUCCAGGUGACAGUGAGGCCCCUGAGGGCCCGGAGUUCUUGGAUCUCGCGGCACCCUACGGAACCUUCAUCGGUGGCCUGCCAGAUGUGUCUGUGGUGUCCACUCCUGUCUCGGCCUUCUACACAGGCUGCAUGGACGUGACCAUCAAUGGGGACAUGUUGGACCUGGACGGGGCUCUGCACAAACACAAUGAUAUACGUUCUCAGUCCUGCCCCCUGCUGGGAAUAUAGUAUUAUUGCAGCUCUAUAUUGGCACAGACAUGCAUUGGUCCCAAACACAUUUCUUUUCUGUUCUCCUUUUAAAGCCGCCUUUUACCCGUACAAACCUCUACUGUACUCCUUUUAAAGCCACCUUUUACCCGUACAAACCUCUACUGUCUGCUCCAGCUUGAUUAACAAGUCACACCAAUGUCCACCUCCUUGAAUCCAGCCCAACUGCUGAACUAGACCACAUGACCAUGUUUUCCACCCUCACAUUGACCAGUAAUGUUCUUUCCAUCACAAAAUGGCCUUUCUUCCUCCAGCGGUAAGAAAUGUUUAAUAGAGUGUAGACACGGUUUUCUCAUAACUGCCAUGGGCAGUUUUGUGCUUUAGCCAAUAAAGCUUAAAACAAGCAAAGACGUUGAUAAAAAUUGCCCCAAGUAAUGAAUGGGAUGCAACAAUAUAGCACAUGUCACAUAGACCGUAAGAGCAAUGUAUUUAUAAUGAUGUCACUAAGACACAUUUGGGGUUGCAUAUAUAUGUGUGUCACUUGUCCGUAUAUGUGACAUGUGGCAGAAACACUGCACAGCCCCUUGUAAGCUACUGAGUGAGAUGCACUGUAAUGUAGUUUCUAUGUAUAUACAUAACUGUACAGUGCUUUUAGAUAGAAGCCAAAAGAAGAUGGAGCUCAGAAGGGGGCCUUACUACAGUUUUACUUUCUCCUCAUACGCUCCUUUCUCCUCAUACGCCCCAUGCCAUUGUGCUUGUGUCUGUAGCCAAACCACAUUUGGGCAUUAUGUGUCUUCUCAAUGGUGCAAAGAUGGAGAAAUGAAUUGUAAAGAUGUAAUGACUCUUUUAGAAAAAGCCUUCAAAUAAGGUCUGACCACAGUUAAAACAGAAAUAAAUUUGCCUUGCCUUUUUGACCUGUAUCUGUAUUGCAGUCUGUAUUGCAGGGUGUUGCUAGUUUGUUUUGUUUGUGUGUGUGUGUGUGUGUGCGUGCGUGCGUGCGUGCGCGUGUGUGUGUGUGUGUGUGUGUGCAGGCUUGGUUCAGUAGUAGACUCCCUGAAUGUUUGGGUUAUUUGUUAAACCAUCUGUAUUAUUCUAGUUUAGCUUUUUUGUUGUUUUUGUAUUUUCUGAUGGUGCUCCCCAAUGCUGCAGGGGAAACCUGGAAGGUUCUUUUCAGUCCCACUGAAUCAAUCAAUAAAUACAAGUAUACUUGAGCUGGCUGUGCUCAAGAAAAGACA